AUGUCGGCUUUAUUCAACUUCCAGUCGCUUCUCCUCGUUUUCUUACUUAUAAUCUGCACGAGCGCGUACGCUCAUUCCAUCAUGCCGGGGAUCAUGGACCGUAAUCAGAAUGGUUUCUUCGGCAUAUUUUGGAAAUGUGCGCGGAUAGGAGAACGGCUGAGUCCGUAUGUCAGUAUAUGUUGCGUCCUGAUGGCUGUCUCCAUUUUCAUCGGCGGCUGA